AUGUUCCAACAAUCAUUAAUUCCCUCCACACUUCAUGUCCCUGGGAUUGACAACAAUAUCGAUUUACUCAAUUAUAUCAGAAAUAGUGGCAUACUAUUUCAUCCCAAUAUUACCAUAGGCAAUAGUCUGUUGGGUGGGAUCGGAUUGUUUUUCAACCCCGGUGGUGGAAAUGGAGGCACAUCCAUCCCUCAAGGUACAAUUGUAACUAGUAACACUGGUUACGACCAUAGCGGACAACGUUUUCAAUCAGUAGUUGAUAUUGAAUUAUUGCGUAUUCCUAGAGGAUCAGCAUAUACUAUUAUUACAUUAAUUAGACUAUUAGAGGAACUAAAGCUUCGAGAUCAAUUAAUAACCAAUGCUAUUACUGGUCUUCCGCCAAUUAAAGAAUCAGAAUUAAUUAUUAAUUUUUUGAACUGCAUGGAACCCACAACUGAGACCCAUAUUUUAAUCACCUAUUUUCUUGCAUUUAAAACAAUUCAAAAUUUACGGAAAAGAUUGUUGCAUAAAUUGCCAUAUUAUCAGGAAUCGCCAGUCGUUAAAUUGGAUACCUAUUUGAAUAUUUUAAGUGAAACUUCAACAAUACAAUACCCUGGGCCACAUUUCCACAACAAAUACAACAACAACCAUAAGGAUAUUGACGAUGAGUUCAUUAACACCUACUGUGAAAUGAGCGAAAAAAUCAAACUUGAAUACGAAUCACUAAUUGAGCAAUUGAAAAUUUUGUAUCGUGAUGAACUAGCUUUUGAUAUUGAGGAGUUGUUAUCGUUUGAAUCAUAUUUUCAAAUCUUUCAAGCUAUUAGAUCAAGAAUUCUUGAAAUCCCUCGUGCUGUUCAUAACAAGACUAAUGAAAUUAAUGGACCGCUUAUCAAAAAAUUGGAAGUGAAUGAAACUGGAGGCGAAUCAUUGGAAAACAUUGUAACUGGCGGGUUGCAAGAACUUUCGAUUCAUUCUAAAGAGAAAAAACAUGCCAGGUUGGAACCCAAUGAAAACGACCAUAUUGAUAAUACUGAUGAUUAUGUAAUUGAUAUUUCCUUGGUUCCGAUUUUGGAUUUUGUCAAUCAUAAUCAUAAUAACAAUUCUUAUUUUGAUAUUGAUAGACGAACUAAUGAUAUUGUAUUAAAAUUGAAAUCCAAUGUGCAAAUGAAUAUGAACGAUAAAUUUGAAGUCACCAUUAGUUAUGAUCCUGAAGAUAAUAUCAAGGAAUUUUUAUACACUUAUGGAUUUGUUCCUCAAAUUCUCAACAAUAGUAUCGGUUCCAAUGCCAAUUUUAACGAAAAUGAUAACAUCCAAUUAUUUGAAAUGAAAUUAAACAAUUUGAAUCGUUACAUUCCUAAUAGUGAAUUAAUGUGUAAAUGGUUGAGAAUCUUACCCCAGAUUCAAUUUGUUAUCAAGUAUAAUAAUAAUGAGAAUGUAAACAACAACAAUGAUGAAUCAAAUAUGAGAGUUUAUAUCAAUUUUUUUUCCAACAAUUUGCCAUUAUUGUUUAUUCCUGAAAUAUCUUAUAAUCAGAAUUGGUUGGAUGUGUUGUUGCCUCAUUUCAUUAAAUAUAACAAUAUACCUGAAGAAUACGACACUAAUAUUAAUGGAGAGGAAUUGGUGAAUAUGUUUUUAUAUCAAGAAGAGCAUUAUGAUUAUAUUAAUGGAAUUGAUCCAAUUGGGAUUAAAUUAACCCAGAAAGUUGGUGAUGUUAGUAUUAAUCAAGAACCACCAGUUUUGUUACCUGAUUUAUCCAGUAUUUUAGAAGUGACUAAUUCUGAUUUUGAAGAUUUGAUAAAAAGGACACUUGAGUUUAUUGUUACUGUUUAUUUGAAGCAACAAUUGAAACAUUUUGAGCAACAAGAUGCUAUAAGAAGAAUGGUUGUCAUUAAUGACCCCGUUAAUAACUUUGAUGAAUUGGUUGAUAAUUAUCAGAACUUUAAAAUUAGAGUAUUCAACCAAAUUAUCAAGCAGUACAAACUGGAUCCUUUAAGUUUAAUUUUACCAGAGAGUAUUGCCAAAGUAGCAUGGGAGACUGAAUAUCGAACUCUACCCCGCGAACUAACUUUAGAGGGAACUUGA